AUGUCAGCCAGUUUACCGCCCACUUAUGAAUCACUGUACGGUGAAUUUCGACAGGUGGAAGAUCCGAAAGGAUUGGCUCAGUUUAUUGCCAAAGCAUUUGCUGUGAUUAUUAGUACAAUGACAGCAGCCGUACUUCUGGCUCUUUUGAACAUCAUCCCGCUGGGAAUGAUCAUUCUUGGCAGCAGCAAUCUGAACGACUGUCCGGUGGAGCCGUACAUCCCAGUCUGGCUAAUAGUUACGGGCUUAUUUUCAUUGCUGAAGAGCGCCACCAAUUUUUAUUAUCGAGCCAAACGACAGCGUGAAGGACGUCCACCAUCAGCAGCAGAUGUCAAUCCAAAUCCGUUUGAUGGCCUGCUCUCCUGUUUUCUGCUUGUUUGGUUCGUCAUUGGAUCUGUGUGGAUCUAUUCGGUGUACGAUGAUUUGCAGUACUCGAAUCCGUAUGCGUUUGAUUACUGCGACCAGUUCACUUAUGUAUUUUCGUUUGUGUUCGUAACACUGGGCUACAUUUUGCUGGCAUUUGCGAUGUGCUGCUUCUGCUGCUGUUGUUGCUGCAUCUGUUUUCGACCAAAAAGACAGCAGCAUCUUAAUGUAUAA